AUGAGAGGGCGAUGGUUUGGCUUGAGGAUCCCUCCCUUUGUUGGUAUUGGCAGCUCUAAUAAUCAAGAGUUGAGGAAUUCUUGUAAGUGUAAAGCCCCUAAAAGGGGUUGGUUUAAGUUAAACUUUGAUGGAGCUUCCCGGGGGAAUCCAGGUCCUACAGGCAUUGGUUGUUGUCUGCAUGAUGAAGAUGAGAAGGAAUUGGCUAGGGAAUCUAAACCUAUAGGGCAUGUAUCCAACAAUAGGGCUGAAAUUUUAGCCCUCAUUGAAGGUCUUCUUCUUUUCCAAAAUAAGGGCAUUCGCAAAUUGGCUAUUGAAGGAGACUCGGCUAUUAUUAUUAAUGGCCUUAGAAAUGGUUCUCUAUCUAAUUGGAAGCUAAAUGCACUCUUGGAUAGAGCUCUUAGUCUCCUAAAAAAUUUCAAGAAAUUAACCUUUAACCAUAUCUAUCGAGAAGGUAAUUCUAGAGUGGAUGAAACAGCAAAUGCAGGAGUUGAUGGAUAG